GCGUGGUUCAAACUCUUCGAGGACCAACGCAUUCCAUGGGUUCGCUUCUUUCUGGAACCAGUCAUCAAGACCAUCAACUUUGCCAAAGAACGGCUUGGCUAUGAGCGGGUCAUUCUGGCCGGGCUCUCGGGUGGUGGAUGGACCACCACACUGGUCGCGGCGCUGGACCCGCGCAUCGAGCUGUCCAUUCCCAUGGCUGGUAGCAUCCCUUGUGACUUUCGGCUUACGAGCAAAGAUUUCGAGCAGUUCUGCAACCUUCACUGGACUGGCAUUGGCAAUUACACGGCCUUGUAUGUCCUCGCAGCGUUGGAGCCGCACCGGACGAGUCUUCAACUCCUCCACGAAGCAGAUCCGUGCUGCUUCCACGGCUGUGGAAGACACCGUCGGAUCCAGGAGUAUGGUGACUUCGUUCGUGCGAGAAGUGCUGGACACUUCCGAACCGUGGUGACCGAGGGGAACCUCCACUUGGUCAACCCGCGCGAGAAGAUCAUCAUAGGCACUCUUUUGUACAAGAUGGCUCGUGGCCAGGCAGUGACUGCAGCAGAUCUCCUCACGCCUUUCGACCUCCUGAGAGAAGUGGAUGCCAUUUACUCUUGAAGCCGAUGGACCGAGGAUGGACGAUGUUGGAGAAGAUCCUCAUGAAGGAGUGAACUAUGGCGAAUGGCAAAAUUGGCCGCUGCUCGCAUGACUGGCUGGCGGUUGACCUGUUUUGUUUCACUGCCGGCACUGGUCUGCGCUGACCAAUACAGGACGUUGAUGGCUGAACCCAGCAGCUGUUGAUAUACCAUUCACCGUUUGCCACUCCAAGUUUCCUGUGUGUUUUGUCCUCUUUGUUGCUUGUUGGAUGCUUGAGCUCGCUCUAAACCAAUGGAGCCAAGCGUUUCUGGCGAGCGCAGUCCAAAUCUUGCAAAAACAAUGAUGCGAUUAUUGCAUGAAUACUAGUUAUGCCGGCAGGAAUGCUUGGUAUCAAUGGGGUAAGAACUGACUUGUGGAUUGCGGCACAACACAAGGCUCCUGACUGUUCGUGUUGAAUGUUGAAACACGUAGUUAUUGUUUGC